UCAUAAACAGAAUCCAGAUCCUUUCAGCAGGACACGAGCUUCAGUUUAAAGCUUCUUAAAGGACUUAAAGCCUCUGCUGACGAACUGAAGGAGCAGAAAACCAGGCCAAGAGAGAAAAAGAGAACCUGUCAUGGCUUCCUCCAGCAGUCUCCUGUCUGAAGAUCAGUUCCAGUGCUCCAUCUGUCUGGAUGUGUUCACUGAUCCCGUCUCUACACCAUGUGGACACAACUUCUGCAGGGUCUGUCUCAAAGAGUGCUGGGACAGCAGUUCACGCUGCCAGUGUCCAGUCUGUAAAGAGGAAUUCUCCAAAAGGCCUGAGCUGCUAGUAAACACGUUCAUCUCUGGACUGGCUGCUCAGUUCAAGAAGUCAGUUCAGGUCAAAUCCAGCAGAGCUCCAGAGAAACGACCCUCCAAACCUACAAAGGUUCUUUGUGAGUCCUGCAGUGAGGAGAAGCUGGAGGCUGUAAAGUCCUGUCUGGACUGUGGAGUCUCUUACUAUGAGACUCAUCUAGCACUUCAUAAAACCACACCUAAACUGAAGAAGCACAAACUGAUGGACCCUGUGGAGAACCUGGAGGACUACAUGUGCCAGAAACAUGAGAGACCCCUGGAGUUGUUCUGUAGAGAUGACCAGACGUGUGUGUGUCAGUUCUGCACUGAAGGAGACCACAAGACUCACAACACUGUUCCUAUAGAGGAGGAGAGUGGAGAGAAGAAGACUCAGCUGGGAAAGACACAGGCUGAAGUUCAGCAGAUGAUCCAGGACCGCCUGAAGAAGAUUGAGGACAUCAAACAGUCUGUAGAGCUCAAUAAAAAAAGCUCAGAGAAGGAGAAAGCAGACAGUGUGGAGGUCUUCAGAGCUCUGCUGUGCUGCAUUGAGAGAAGCCAGGCGGAGCUGCUUGAGGUGAUGGAGGAGAAGCAGAAAGCAGCAGAGAGGCAGGCUGAAGAGUUCAUUAAAGAGCUGGAGCAGGAGAUCACUGAGCUAAAGAGGAGAGACACUGAGCUGGAGCAGCUCUCCCACACUGAGGACCACCUCCACCUCCUACAGGUUUACCCGUCCCUCUGCAGCCCUCCACCCACCAAGAACUGGACUGAGGUCAGGAUUAACUCUCAUCUGAGGGUGGAGUCUCUGAGGAGAGCUCUGACUCGGCUUCAGGAAGACCUCAGUAAGGAGAUGGAGAAGAUUCCUGAGAUCAAAAUGAAGAGAAUUCAACAAUAUGCAGUGGAUGUGACUCUGGAUCCUGAUUCAGCUCAUCCUCAACUCAUCCUGUCUGAUGACGGGAAACAAGUGAGAGAUGGAGACAAACGACAGAAUCUCCCUGAUAAACCAGAGAGGUUUGAUUAUUGUCCCUGUGUGCUGGGAAAGGAGGGGUUCUCCUCAGGGAGAUUUUACUAUGAGGUUCACGUCAGAGGGAAGACUAACUGGGAUUUAGGAGUGACCACAGAGUCCAGUAACAGGAAGGGGAAGAUUACACUGAGUCCUGAGAUUGGAUACUGGACUGUGUGGCUGAGAAAUGAGACUGAAUAUAAAGCUCUGGACUCUCCUCGUGUCCCCCUCUCCCUGAAACAGGCUCCCCAGAAGGUGGGGGUGUUUGUGGAUUAUGAGGAGGGUCUGGUCUCCUUCUAUGAUGUUGAGGUCAAGUCUCAUAUCUACUCUUUCACUGGUCAGUCUUUCACUGAGAAACUCUAUCCAUACUUCUUUCCUGGUCUCAAUAAUGGAGGUAAAAACUCAGCACCGCUGAUCAUCACACCUGUUGAACUUCAGAAAUGAGGUGAACUUCUUUAAUAAAACAUUUUUGUCAGAUACAAAUCUGUCAUUUGAAACAUUUGAGAGCAUAAAUAGAGAUUUUUAAACUCUUUAUAACGUUAUGUAAUUAAUGAAUUAAUUAACAAGCUAAUAAAUUAAUAGACGAUUUUUGAUUCACUCAUUUUGAAGAAGUCUGUAAGUCAGUUGAACAGUGUUAUAACACUGUUUAUCACAGAUCUCCUUUUAAUGAACUGAAAUGAUCAUAAAGCUCAAAAUAUCAGCUUCAGUUUGAUGAACUUGAUGUGGGAAUCUCAGUCUUUUAUAUGAAGAUGAAGCUCUGCGUUUUGGCCUGUCAGGAAAAAAACUUUUUUUUUUAAAUUUGUGUGUAAAUGUAAGGCUUCUGUACAGAACAGUUAGGCGCUGGUACAAUGGAGCAAGGUGCUUAUUACCAAGGGCCUAGGCAAAAACACGGAAGUCGAGUUAGUGGAGGUCAAAACCAAACAGAAGGGCAAAGCCAAGGCAGACUCGAAAACAGGAAGCAAGGUCAAGUACCGACAGGAGAAACCCAACAAUACAGGGGCAAUCCAAAGGCAAAUACAGAGACAGAAUGGGUCACACACAAAGUAGCAAACAGAGAUGUAGAAGGCCUGGUAAGCACGUGCAGGGGCAAUACUUCACAAAGUGUAAUGGAAAGACUGAGCUUUAAAACAGGUGGUGAACGAGAAAUAGCUGUCCAUACUCUGAUGAUCUAGAGCAGAGAUGAUUGGUGUGGUGGUGUGGUGAGAUGGUCACAUGACUCUCAGAGGGAUCCUGGGAUUUUGAGUUCUCAGUGGACUCUGUACUUGGUUCAGGGUCUUGCAAUGUACCGGAGGGAUGUGUGACAGUAAAUGUUUAAAGUUAUUAUAAAUUUACUCCAAAUCCCAAUAAAAUAACAUUUUAAACAGCUAAACUCUCAAAUCUAAGUGUUUAAUCAAUAAGCUUGAGCUGACUUUUAAGUUCAGUUGGAAACAAUAAACAAAUCGAGGAAAUGUGUGUGUUAGCAUGAGCUCUGUGUUCAUGUUGUCUGUUUUUAUUUCAGUCUGUUUAAAGCAUGAAAUGCUGAAGUUUCAAUGAAGCUGUAUUAAAUGUCAAAUUAAGCUCUACAAAAGAAAUAAACAGAUCUACUGAACUUC